CGUGGACAUGGAAUGGUGAAAAGACAGAAAAAUGCAAGAAAGCAUUCGAGGUGAGUCAACAAUGGCUAUGACGCACAUGAAUGCCCGUGCCUGUCAGCUGUUGAGUUACGUGUCGAAUGGACCCCUUUUUAUUGUUUGUCGGUUUGCAAUAACAAAAACACCCACACGCCACGUGAGCCAACCAAAAUACCAAAGAAAAGAAAAUCUACGACGGAAGCAGUCCCAUCAAACUUACUAUGGACGCGCCCACCGCAUAAAAUCCCCAACCAACUUAAAAUUAGGUCCUAGAAAACGCAACACACAAGAAAAGAUACCAAACAUGAUCAAGAUACUGUAAUUCUUACUCUUAUUCACCGAUUUCCCCCAAAUCUUCCAUCCAAGAAUUUUAGGGUUUUCUCUUCCAGAUUUCCCCCAAUCUUCUCCGCCUCUCUUCCUUUUCCUUUACAUUUCUCUCUGAUUGAAACGCCACACCCAUUUGAGAGGAUCUUUUUUCUAGAGAAGCCAACCCAAAGUGUGUUUUCAUGGGGUUGUUGUGAUCUUGAGAAAUUUGAGAGUGGUGGUAGUUUGUUAAUGUUAUGAGGAAGAAAAGGAAAGGAAGCAAAACUGAUGGGUCUGCGGAUCUGGCUGUUAUUUUGGCUCCUAAUCAUGGCUCUGCUUCGUCGAAUUUGAAGUCCCAUUACUCGCUGGAAGAUUGUUGUAGGCUGAAGAAGAGGUGUUGUAAGGAGGAGGAUGCUGACACUGAGCCGGCUACUUCCUUUACGAGGAGGCUUGCUGGCAUUGCUACUGCCCCACCUUGUGGGACGUCGUCUUUGAUCACGCCGGGGAGAGGGCUCAAGAGGAAGAUAGGUUGCAUUGAUGUUGCUACCCAGAUGGGCAGGAAGAAGAAGAUCGAGGAUGAUUAUGUUUCUGGGGAGACAAUCGGGCAAGGCAAGUUCGGGUCUGUUUGGUUGUGUAGGUCAAAGGUUAGUGGAGCUGAAUAUGCGUGUAAGACCCUGAAGAAAGGGGAGGAGACGGUUCAUCGAGAGGUUGAGAUCAUGCAACACUUAUCCGGACAUUCUGGGGUUGUUACACUGCAAGCUGUUUAUGAGGAAGCUGAAUGCUUUCAUCUUGUGAUGGAACUGUGCUCUGGUGGUCGGCUCAUCGAUGGGAUGGUUAAGGAUGGUCUGUAUUCGGAACAGCGGGUUGCUAAUGUACUCAAGGAAGUGAUGUUGGUCAUCAAGUAUUGUCAUGACAUGGGAGUUGUGCACAGAGAUAUCAAACCCGAGAAUAUUCUCCUCACUGCAUCCGGAAAAAUAAAGCUUGCAGAUUUCGGCUUGGCCAUGAGAAUUUCAGAAGGUCAGAACUUGACUGGUUUGGCAGGAAGCCCUGCCUAUGUUGCCCCAGAAGUAUUGUUAGGCAGAUACUCUGAGAAGGUGGAUAUAUGGAGUGCUGGAGUGCUCCUGCAUGCUCUGUUGGUUGGCAGUCUUCCAUUUCAAGGAGAUUCAUUGGAAGCAGUUUUUGAGGCUAUUAAGACUGUCAAAUUAGAUUUCCAAAAUGGAAUGUGGAAAUCAAUAUCUAAACCUGCACAAGACCUUAUUGGGAGAAUGCUGACAAGGGAUAUUUCAGCAAGGAUAUCAGCUGAAGAAGUACUUAGGCAUCCAUGGAUAUUGUUCUACACGGCAAAUACAUUGAAAAUGCUGCCCAUCAAAACAAAAUUGAAGAACCAAAUUGGUGCCACAUGCCAACAGCUUGUUGCUGUAAGGGAACCAAGGUUAGGAGGAAAUAGGAUAGAUAAUUACUCACUUAGCGAGGGUUCGUCCUCUGAAAGUUGCUAUUCAGAUGAUCAGGAUGAAUGUGUGUUGAUUGAUGUGCUUGCCUCUGCAAUUUCACACGUGAGGAUAUCUGAACCAAAGAGGAGCAGGGUGUGUGGUCCCACAGGCCCGAUAGUUCAACAAGGUUCAUCUAACAUGAAGCCUAACAACCUCUGUAAAGCAUUUUGACCUACUGACAGGCUGACACCACUUAUACCACUAUCUUGACGAUUCUUGCUGGGAUUAUAGAAUUUACUUUCCUCAGCACAUUACAUAGUGGGCAAAAGUGAAUUUUACAUGCUGACUCCUAUGGUAGGUUGGCCUGGGUGCCGCGGCUUCCUCUCCAAGUUCCUUUAUAGUGUGACAUCUAAUUGCAAUAUUUUUUUGUCCCUUUGCUUAAUAACCUAAUAAUGAUUAACUGAAAUAAUUGUACAGCAUUUGUAAAUAGAAUGGUAAUGUAUCAUUUUCUUGCUAUCUCUGGUUUGUGCAAAUUGAAUAUUUUAUGCUUUCAACAUUAUGUGAACCACUGAACCAGUGAGCAUGUAUAUGUUCUUGGGAAGAGCAUAGCUCAUCCCACGAAACUGCUAGUCCUUCCCAGUGCAAGCAACAUGUGUAGUUAUUAUUAGUUAAUAAUGGUUGACUAGGGCAAUUUA